AUGUUCCUUUCAAAAUUCAACCCUAUAAGGUCAUGCUCACCCAUCUUCCGUUCAACGACCCUUCUUCGUCAUCAAACUCGAAUGUUUUUGAGUACAGAAAUAAGAAAAGCUAUUCAAGACGCUAUUGAAUCUGCCCCAGUGGUUCUCUUCAUGAAAGGUACUCCAGAAUUUCCAAAAUGUGGGUUUUCAAGAGCAACCAUAGGGUUAUUAGGAAACCAAGGUGUUGAUCCAGUUAAAUUUGCGGCUUAUAAUGUUCUAGAAGACCCGGAGCUACGUGAAGGUAUCAAAGAAUUUUCAGAGUGGCCUACUAUACCCCAGCUGUAUGUAAAUAAAGAAUUUGUUGGCGGUUGUGAUGUUAUUACAAGUAUGGCACGUUCAGGUGAAUUAGCUGAUUUAUUAGAAGAGGCACAUGCCUUGGUACCCGAAGAACAAGAAGCCAAGGAUAAUUGA